AGGAACUAACGUCACGCCGAGUUGCUGAGCGCCGGCAGGCGGGGCCGGGGCAGCCAAGCCAAUGCGAUGGCCGGGGCGGAGUCGGGCGCUCUAUAAGUUGUCGAUAGGCGGGCACUCCGCCCUAGUUUCUAAGGAUCAUGUCUGCGAGCCAGGAUUCCCGAUCCAGAGACAAUGGCCCCGAUGGGAUGGAGCCCGAAGGCGUCAUCGAGAGUAACUGGAAUGAGAUUGUUGACAGCUUUGAUGACAUGAACCUCUCAGAGUCCCUUCUCCGUGGCAUCUACGCCUAUGGUUUUGAGAAGCCAUCUGCCAUCCAGCAGCGAGCCAUUCUACCUUGUAUCAAGGGUUAUGAUGUGAUCGCUCAAGCCCAAUCUGGGACUGGGAAAACGGCCACAUUUGCCAUAUCGAUUCUGCAGCAGAUCGAAUUAGAUCUAAAAGCCACCCAGGCCUUGGUCCUGGCACCCACUCGAGAAUUGGCUCAGCAGAUACAGAAGGUGGUCAUGGCACUAGGAGACUACAUGGGUGCCUCCUGUCAUGCCUGUAUUGGGGGCACCAACGUGCGUGCUGAGGUGCAGAAACUGCAGAUGGAAGCCCCCCACAUAAUCGUGGGGACCCCUGGCCGAGUGUUUGAUAUGCUUAACCGGAGAUACCUGUCUCCCAAAUACAUCAAAAUGUUUGUACUGGACGAAGCUGACGAAAUGUUAAGCCGUGGAUUCAAGGACCAGAUCUAUGACAUAUUCCAAAAGCUCAACAGCAACACCCAGGUAGUUUUGCUGUCAGCUACAAUGCCUUCUGAUGUGCUUGAGGUGACCAAGAAGUUCAUGAGGGACCCCAUUCGGAUUCUUGUCAAGAAGGAAGAGUUGACCCUGGAGGGUAUCCGCCAAUUUUACAUCAACGUGGAACGAGAGGAGUGGAAGCUGGACACACUAUGUGACUUGUAUGAAACCCUGACCAUCACCCAGGCAGUCAUCUUCAUCAACACCCGGAGGAAGGUGGACUGGCUCACCGAGAAGAUGCAUGCUCGAGAUUUCACUGUCUCUGCCAUGCAUGGAGAUAUGGACCAAAAGGAACGAGAUGUGAUCAUGAGGGAGUUUCGUUCUGGCUCUAGCAGAGUUUUGAUUACCACUGACCUGCUGGCCAGAGGCAUUGAUGUGCAGCAGGUUUCUUUAGUCAUCAACUAUGACCUUCCCACCAACAGGGAAAACUAUAUCCACAGAAUCGGUCGAGGUGGACGGUUUGGCCGUAAAGGUGUGGCUAUUAACAUGGUGACAGAAGAAGACAAGAGGACUCUUCGAGACAUCGAGACCUUCUAUAACACCUCCAUUGAGGAAAUGCCCCUCAAUGUUGCUGACCUCAUCUGAGGGGUUGUCCUGCCACCCAGCCCCAGCCAGGGCUCAAUCUCGGGGGGCUGUGAGGAGCAGCAGGAGGGGGGAGGGAAGGGAGCCAAGGGAUGGACAUCUUGUCAUUUUUUUUCUUUGAAUAAAUGUCACUUUUUGAGGCAAAAGAAGGAACCGUGAACAUUUUAGACACCCUUUUCUUUGGGGUAGGCUCUUGCCCCAGGCGCCGGCUCUUCUCCCAAAAAAA